AUGCUUACUCGUGUUACCCCGAUCCCCCGGCAGGGCUCCGGCGCCGCUGCGAACGGCUCUGCAAAUAGACAACAAGCCGGACAGGGAACCCAGAAGGCAGGAGAGACAAGCGGCCACACAGCGCCUAAUCGCCCCACGACGUCGUCAUCCACGACGAACACCGCAGCGGCCAGACCGCAGCCCAGCAGAUCCAACACAAGCACUGCGGUCCGGCACAACUCCUUCAUGCCCAAGGAGCGUGUAGCCAAGCUCAACGGAGAGGCGGACAACAGGGCGCGUCAGGCACCUGCUAUUGAGGAUGCAUUGAACAAGUACAAAGCAGCGAUUGACGCAGAAGUUAAGGCCAAGGCGGCCUACAUGAAGGAUUUGAAGCAGACAGAGAGCGACCCUUAUAUGACGGGUCGAGACUGGAUGAGCGCGGGGCAGGCUUCGGCAGAACACGCGAAUGCAUGGGAAAAGGCCGCAGAGAGUUCUCGUUCUCUACAUGAGGCACUCAAGCGCGCUAUGGGAGCGCACAACUAG